AUGCUGCGGUCAUGCUCGUCGCGAUUGCCAGCGAGGCUACGCCCUGCGAGUCUCGCUCGGUCCCAGAACAGCCGCCCAUCCUUUCGUACCAGGACAUUAGCUACCGUCUCUCCGCCACCUGCCGCCCGAGAGCCUACAGAGCUGAACGAUGUGACAACCCUGUCGAACGGAGUCCGUGUCGCAACCGAGGCCCUGCCAGACGCCUUCUCCGGCGUGGGAGUCUACAUCGAUGCUGGCUCUCGGUACGAGAACGAGUACCUCCGUGGCACAAGUCACAUCAUGGACCGACUGGCCUUCAAGUCGACCAAAAAUCACACUGCAGAUAAGAUAUUAGAACAGGUCGAACAACUGGGUGGGAAUGUGCAGUGCGCCUCGUCACGAGAAUCCAUGAUGUACCAGGCCGCCACCUUCAACACCGCAAUACCGACUGCAGUGGGCCUGCUCGCCGAGACAAUACGAGAUCCUCAGCUCAUCGAGGAGGAGAUUGAGGACCAGCUUCUUACUGCGCAGUAUGAGAUCACAGAGAUAUGGUCCAAGCCUGAGUUGAUACUACCAGAGCUCGUACAUACCGCGGCCUUCAAGGACAACACGCUGGGCAACCCACUGCUGUGUCCAAAGGAACGCCUUGGGUCUAUUGACAAGCAUGUCAUUCAGGCGUACCGCGACGUCUUCUACAGGCCCGAGAGGAUGGUUGUGGCUUUUGCGGGCGUGACGCAUGAGCAGGCCGUCAAGUUGGCUGAGCAGCACUUUGGCGACAUGAAGGGUACCGAACUCCCAGAUGUCUCAGACACUGCGUCGCAAUCCUCGAUAGAAAGCGACGCCUCAUCGCAAGGCAGUGAAGCUCUGGCAUCCUCGGUCUCUUCCAUGUCCUCCUCAGCCGCCUCCUCUCCACAGUCGCCGAAUCUGCUUUCCAAGAUCCCAUUCUUCAAGAACCUCUCAACUUCCACAUCACAUAACGCUUCCGUGAAGGCCGGUGACCUGCGCAGCCUCUUGUCGAGCCAAGAUCUGCACCGGCCAGCCCACUACACCGGCGGCUUCCUCUCCCUCCCCACCCAACCGCCCUCCCCAAACCCCAUGAUGCCCACCUUCACCCACAUCCACCUCGCCUUCGAGGGCCUGCCUAUCUCGUCUGACGACAUCUACGCACUCGCGACCCUGCAAACCCUCCUGGGAGGUGGCGGCUCAUUCUCCGCCGGCGGGCCAGGCAAGGGCAUGUACUCGCGGCUGUACACCAACGUGCUCAACCAAUACGGCUGGGUCGAGUCGUGUGUCGCCUUCAACCACAGCUACACCGACAGUGGGCUCUUCGGCAUUGCGGCGAGCUGCUACCCAGGCCGCACCGCAAGGAUGCUCGAGGUCAUGUGCCGCGAGCUGAGAGCACUGACCCUCGACACGGGCUUCUCGGCGCUGGGCGAGAUUGAGGUGGCGCGCGCCAAGAACCAGCUUCGGUCGAGCCUACUGAUGAACCUCGAGAGCCGCAUGGUCGAGCUGGAAGACCUGGGCAGACAGGUCCAGGUCCACGGGCGCAAGGUCCCCGUGCACGAGAUGACCAGGAAGAUCAGCGAACUUACGAUCCGCGAUCUGAGACGUGUGGCUAAGAUGGUCGUCGGCGGCAUGGUGAACAAUCAAGGAAAGGGCAGCGGUGCGCCCACGGUGGUGCUGCAGGAGGCGCAGGCGGACGGUAUCGCGUCCAGGGCGAUAAGCUGGGACGAGAUUCAGGAUAUGAUUCACCGCUCUAACCUGGGACGGCAGUCAUAGAUUUUCCUGUCUGCAGUCUGAGGGCAUACCUGGCCUUACAAUGGCCAUACUGUACGUAUAUUAUAGAGAGGACAAGCACCUCGUUGUAUUAAAAAAAAAAAGACUUCACUAUUCCU